AUGCCUCAGGCUCUUGCUAGGGAUGGAUUGACUGGUUUCAACACCCCACAAUUACAACCACAACAAUUAGAUCCAUCGCAGUGGUCUGAUUCCAAUUUCAAAAUUAGUCCUCAGACGCAGUUUUUGCAAAAUUUCAUGAAAGAACUCUUGGAGCUUGAUAUAGAAUUAAUUCAUCAUGCCUUGGAGGAUCCUGUUUUAAUCGAUAGAGCAUCAACAGACCUUGAAGCAAAUGAUACCAAUGCUUCUUUAUCAUCAACGGCAUGCGCGGUUGACACGACCUUCAAUCUAACGCAGCGGUUGAUCAAGGUUUUGCGUCGUGCUGGAAAUCAUACUACUCAGUCCAAUGCUACACACAAUUCAGACUGGCAAUCGCCGCUUUCCACGACUCCCUCAUUCUCUGCGCGGCUCCAACAGUUUUCCCCGGAAUCAACCUCGCAAGAUACCUCUGGGAAUUCAAAUAUGGCCUUUUCUAAGAAACAAGAGGUGGUACUCGACCAGGUAUCUUUAUUACACGCCUUGUCUACAUAUAUGCGCUUGAUCAAUGUUUACCAUACCAUCUUCUCACAAACUACUGAAAAAUUCGGCACUGCUUUGGCUCGUGGAUCGAAAAUUCCACUACCGUCGCUGCAAAUUGGGGCAUUUGCUAUGGAUGACCCAGUUGGUCACAUUAAAUUAGUGAUUCAGUCGGCAUUGCAAUUGUUAGAUCGCCUGGGCGACUUGGUGAACAAUCUAACAUCACCUUCCUUUGGUGGAGAGAGUGCUAGCAUCGAUAUCAGCCAGUCCCAAAGUCCGUCCAACAGCUAUAACGAGCAUAAAGGGAUCAGGGCGACGAUGAUGACAGUACGUGAAUAUGAGAACCAACUGAUACAAGCAACAUCACGACUUCAAAGUUGCUGUCACGAAGCACAAGAAUCGCAUGUGUGA